CAAUGCAGAAUGUCUGGAUAAAUUGAAUCACUGCUCCUUGACCCAAUGAUAGAGGAACACUUGAAGAAUCACGACGAUGACAACGUGGACGACUUCAUCCACGCCUACAUCAAGGAAAUGAGACUUCGCAAAGAGAAACAAGAAGAUACGACCUUAGACUUGGAGAACCUGCAAAGGGUUAUAGCAGACCUCUUCGUGGCCGGAACAGAGACAACAGCUACUACAAUACGAUGGACCAUGGUCUACUUACUCCACUAUCCGGAAAUACAGGAAAGGUGUUUCCGAGAGAUCCAGGAAAAUAUCGGCCAGAGUAGACGCCCCUCGAUGAAGGACAAAACCAAGCUGCCCUACGUGGAGGCAACCAUUAUGGAAGUCUUGAGACGAGCUGAUAUUGCGCCUGUAGCUCUCCCACACGCCGUUCCCCACGAUGUCCAGUUCAGGGGAUACACGUUCCCAAAAGGUGUCCAAAUCAUAGCGAUGCUUGAUUCAGUCCUUCAAGACCCGGAUGUGUGGGGUGAUCCAGACAACUUCCGGCCUGACUGUUUCCUUGACGACAGUGGCACGGUUGUAAAGAGAGAUGAGUUCAUUCCCUUCUCUCUGGGUCGAAGAGUUUGUCUGGGCGAGUCCAUGGCCCGGAUGGAGUUGUUCCUCUUCCUGACCACCAUGAUCCAGAGGUUCAAGUUUGUCCCGGUGGAUGGUCAGAUGCCUUCUUUGGAUGGAAUCAUGGGUUAAUCGUAUUCUCCAAGACCAUUCGUCAUGAAAGCAAUUCCCCGACUUUAAUCACUUUAUGUGAGUGAGCGAGGGAGUUGGUAGAGUAAAGGAGAAAAGAGAAAGGGCGAGAAGAAACUGGAGAGUUUGUUUGAGUGAGUGAGUGAGUAGGUGUUCAGACUGCUUUUAGAAACAAUUCAACAUAGAAUUGCCUUUACAUAUUAUACCUAUGUUCGGAAUUGAACCUGGCGAGCUUUGAACUGUGUCUACUGGCCCACUCCACCCUCCUUAACCAAUUUUGUUAUCAACCCUUAGCUAUAGUGCAUCCUUUCCGUGUUACAAAGAGGUGUUGUUCUAUACUUCAUAACCUUGACCUUUACAUACCCAGGGCCAGGCAUCGGCGGCAUUUCAGAAUACCUAAUGAGUUGCUUCCGUAGCCAAGACAGGGUAAACCGGUUAUUGUUUGGGGAUAACAGUUGAUAACCACCAGAGUCAGCCAUGUUUUGUCCAUUACACACUGGAUCACAUGUCCAGAACUCACAACCGGGUAAACCGGUUAUUGUUUGGGGAUA